UAACCAGGCAAACAGAACUCUGCAGGACUCCGAGCCUGUUCUCCGGGUGGGCCGUCUGUGCUCCCACCUGCUGCCCUCCUGGCCUGCCCGGGCCGCGCUCCCUGCCUCCCCAUGCAGCACCCCAAACCCUUCUACGCGCCCACAGCUCCCCAGGAAGUCUUCGGCCCCCGGGGCCUCGAUGGCACCGAGGGCCCAGGCAGCCAGCCCGUCCCCACCUGCACAGAGCCUCUUCCCACUGUGGGUUCCUCCAACCUGUAUCAGCCCCUAAACCCGGAGAAAGAGGUGUUUCCAGCCCCUCCGGCAGGCUUCCAGAUGGCGCCCUGUGGGUGCUUCUUUGACCCCCGCAUCUACCGAAUCGAGUGGGCCACCACUGACUUCGGCCAGUCGUCCCUGUACAAGCUGACAGCGGUGGGCGGUGGGGGGCCACCCGGGGGUCCGGCGGGGGUCCCCACCUCGCCAGGCACCUACCUCCUGGAGCCCCAGGCCUACCUCAAGGCCCCCGUGCCGGCCCCACAACCCCCGCCCUACCCGCAUUACCCGUCGGUGCCCGGGGGUGCCCAGUACCUCGUGCCCUACUUCCCCGCCGAGGGGCCGGGCCCGGAGGCUCUGGGCUUUGUGGGGGAUGGGGGCCCCCCCACCUUCAUGGAGCUGCCCCCACCCCUGCUCAGGGAGGGCCCGGGGCCGCCUCCGCCCACCCCCAAGGAGAGCAAGCUGCCCUCCUUGCUCAUCACGCUGCCCGCCGAGGCCGCGCUGCCCGCCGGCGCCUACGGCCACCUCCAGGGCCGCCUCAGUCAGCUGCACGGGCCCGGCGAGCCCCUGGCCUUCCCCGCCCAGGAGCCGCAGGGCGGCGGGGCCGGGCCGGCCCUGCUCUGUCCGCCAGGCCCUGGGGAGCCCAGGGUGGCCGAGGCGGAGGCGGCCCCGUUGGGGGCCGGCGAGGCCCGGACCCCCGAGGCGGCCAGGGCCUUUGUGCUGCCUGAGAAGGUGCUUCUGGAAGAUGCCAUGAAACUCUUCGACUGCUUGCCGGGCAACGCGGAGCGCGAGGGGUCCCCGCGCAGGGUCCCCGGGCCGGCCCUUCCGGACAGCGGGGGCGGCGGGGACGACUCGUCCAGCGACAUCCGCUCGCUGCACCUGCCGGAUGAGCUGCUGUCCUUUGACUACAGCGUCCCCGAGAUCCUGGACACCGUGUCCAACGUGGACUACUUCUUCAACUUCAAGGCGCUCGAUGAGGAGCCGGCGCCCCGCCCGGGGCCGCCAGCCGCCAGCACCGCAGCCCCCGCGUGGCGACCCGAGCCGCCUGGCAGGAAGAGGGCCGGCCCCUCAGCCGCCAAGAAGGGGAGGCAGGGAGGCAAGGGCAGGCAGGCUGCGGGGCCCCGGCAGGACCUGGGGGCUGACCCCCAUUAAAAUGCAUUUGACCUCUC